AUGGCCAAGAAAUAUGAGGGGCUUGCAGUGGGAAUCGAUCUCGGUACGACAUACUCAUGUGUUGCUGUGUGGCAGGAAGAACACCAAAGAGCGGAGAUCAUCCACAAUGACCAAGGAAAUCGAACAACACCUUCAUGUGUUGCUUUCACUGAUAAGCAAAGGUUGAUCGGUGAUGCUGCUAAGAAUCAAGCUGCUUCCAAUCCAACUAACACUGUCUUUGAUGCUAAAAGGUUGAUUGGUAGGAAAUAUAGUGACUCCCUUGUCAAGAAUGACAUAAUGCUGUGGCCAUUUAAAGUUGUUCCCGGGGAAGAUGACAAGCCCAUGGUUGCUGUUAAACAUAAGGGUCAGGAGAAGCAUCUUUGUGCAGAAGAAAUCUCAUCUAUGAUUCUAACAAAAAUGCGUGACAUUGCAGAGAAAUAUUUGGAUGCUCCUGUCAAUAAUGCAGUAAUUACUGUCCCUGCUUAUUUCACUGACUCUCAACGCAAAGCCACAAAAGAUGCCGGCGCCAUUGCAGGCCUCAAUGUGAUGAGAAUCAUCAACGAGCCUACAGCUGCAGCAAUUGCAUAUGGCCUUGACAAGCUAGCUGGGUGUAAAGAAGAACGAAAUAUUUUGAUUUUCGACCUCGGUGGUGGUACUUUUGAUGUGUCUGUCCUUAAGGUUAAAGAUAAAGUCUUUGAAGUUAAGGCCACAGCAGGGAACACUCAUCUUGGUGGACAAGACUUUGAUCACAGAAUGGUGAAUUACUUGGUACAAGAGUUCAAAAAGAAGAACAAAAUGGAUAUUAGUAGGAACUCAAAAGCCUUGAGAAGGUUGAAAAUUGCAUGUGAAAGAGCAAAAAGAACACUCUCCUUUGCUUUUGAUGCUGCUAUUGAACUUGAUGCUUUAUAUCAAGGCAUUGAUUUUUACUCAUCAAUCAGCCGUGCUAAGUUUGAGGAACUAAACAUGGAACUCUUCAAAGAGUGUAUGGAAAUAGUAAAUCAUUGUCUCUAUGAUGCUGACAUGGAAGUGUCUGAUAUACAUGAUGUUGUCCUUGUUGGAGGUUCUUCUAGAAUUCCCAAAGUGCAGCAACUAUUGCAAGAAUUCUUCAGAGGGAAGCAUCUUUGCAAGAGUAUCAAUCCUGAUGAAGCUGUUGCUUAUGGAGCAGCAGUUCAAGCUGCUUUAUUGAGUGAAGACAUUAAGGUAGCACCAGAACUUGUUCUAAUGGAUGUUAUACCCUUAUCACUUGGUAUAGGAUUAGUAGGAGAUCGCAUGCAUGUAGUGAUUCCUAGGAAUUCUACCAUACCUGCAAGGAGGACAAGAGGAUACACAACUAAACAAAACCAAACCAGUGUGGCCAUUAAUGUUUAUGAGGGUGAAAGGACAAGAACAAGUGAUAACAACUUGUUGGGUUGGUUUAGUCUUUCUGGUCUUCCUGGUGAAUCUCGUUAUAAUCCUAUAUAUGUAUGCUUUGAUAUUGAUGCUGAUGGCAUUCUGAAUGUGUCUGCAUGGGAAGAAACCAAUGGUUGUAGGAAUGAAAUUAAUAUUACAACCAAUAAUGACAGAGAAAGACUUUCGGCUAAGGAGAUUCAGAGAUUAAUUGAGGAAGCUGAGAAGUACAAGGUUGAAGAUGCAGAGUUUUUUGAGAAGGCUGAAGCAAUACAUGCUUUGGAUCGUUAUGUUGAAAAGAUGGAAAAUGCUGUGAAGGAUAAAGGGAUGGUAUCUAAACUUUGCCAUUUGGACAUGGAGGAGAUCUGUUCUGCAAUUGCUAAGGCCAGAAAUCUGCUUAAAGGUGAUAACCAGCAAAGAGAAGCUGAUGAGUUUAAGAAUUGUUUGAAGGAGGUCAAGGGAAUCUUUAAACCCAUCAAAGCCAAGACUAUAUUCCUUUCUUCUCUCCUUGUUAAGUGUUAA